CGGCUCAGCCUGGCGCCCGCGCCCCGCGCCCGCAGCCCGCCCAGGCGGAGUCAGCCCGCGCUCCGCCCGCCGCGCUCCGGGCUCGGAGGUCCGGACUCCGAGGUCCGGACUCCGGGCUCGCCGCCUCCCGGGCCGGCUCCGCGCCCCGCACUCCCGCGCCCCGCGCACCCGCGGGCGGAGCGCAUCAUGCCGCAGCUGGACUCGAGCGGGGGCGGCGCGGGCGGCGGCGACGACCUCGGCGCGCCGGACGAGCUGCUGGCCUUCCAGGACGAGGGCGAGGAGCAGGACGACAAGAGCCGCGACAGCGCCGCGGGCCCCGAGCGCGACCUGGCCGAGCUCAAGUCGUCGCUCGUCAAUGAGUCCGAGGUCGCGGCGGGCGGCGCGGGGGUCCCGGGGGCCGGCGCCGGGGCCGGCGGCGAGGCCGAGGUCGGGGCCGAGGCUCUCGGGCGGCAACACACUUCGCAGAGACUUUUCCCCGACAAACUUGCAGAGUCUCUGGAGGACGGCCUGAAGGCCCCGGAGUGCGCCAGCGGCAUGUACAAAGACACCGUCUACUCCGCCUUCAAUCUGCUCAUGCACUACCCACCCCCCUCCGGAGCAGGGCAGCACCCCCAGCCGCAGCCCCCGCUGCACAACAAGGCCAGUCAGCCCGCCCACGGUGUCCCCCAACUCUCUCCUCUCUAUGAACAUUUCAGCAGCCCACACCCCACACCUGCACCAGCCGACAUCAGCCAGAAGCAAGGAGUUCACAGACCUCUACAGACUCCUGACCUCUCUGGCUUCUACUCCCUGACCUCAGGCAGCAUGGGACAGCUCCCCCACACUGUGAGCUGGCCCAGCCCUCCUCUCUACCCCCUGUCCCCUUCCUGCGGAUAUAGACAGCACUUCCCUGCCCCCACUGCAGCCCCUGGCACCCCCUACCCCAGGUUCACCCACCCAUCCCUGAUGCUAGGCUCCGGCGUACCUGGUCACCCCGCAGCCAUUCCCCACCCAGCCAUUGUGCCCCCCUCAGGGAAGCAGGAGCUGCAGCCCUAUGACCGAACCCUGAAGACACAGGCCGAAUCCAAGGCAGAGAAGGAGGCUAAGAAGCCAACCAUCAAGAAGCCACUCAAUGCCUUCAUGCUGUACAUGAAGGAGAUGAGAGCCAAGGUCAUUGCAGAGUGCACACUCAAGGAGAGCGCUGCUAUCAACCAGAUUCUGGGCCGCAGGUGGCACGCGCUGUCGCGGGAAGAGCAGGCCAAGUAUUAUGAGCUGGCCCGCAAGGAGAGGCAGCUGCACAUGCAGCUUUACCCAGGCUGGUCAGCGCGGGACAACUACGGGAAGAAGAAGAGGCGGUCAAGGGAAAAGCACCAAGAAUCCAACACAGAUAACUCUCUUCACUAUUCCUAGGAGGAAAAAGAAAUGCAUUCGGUACUUACCCGGAGAAGGCCGCUGCCCCAGCCCCGUUCCUUCCGAUGACAGUGCUCUAGGCUGCCCCGAGUCCCCAGCCCCCCAGGACUCGCCCUCAUACCUCCUGCUGCCCGGCUUCCCCACAGAACUGCUUGCUAGUCCCGCAGAGCCAGCACCUACAUCACCAGGUCUCUCAGCCACUCUCAGCCUCCCAACUCCCUGGGCCCCCACAGGCCCCCCACAGCACCCCGCAGAGUACACAGGUACAACAACAGGAAUCUCAGAGACAGGCAGCCUAGCAUGCACAGGACACCCGAGCUCCUCCAGGGACCCACCCUCUGAAAGGAGGCGACAGAGCCCCAAAGCGAGAGGAAACCGAUCAGGGGCCCUGCUAACUUCUUCUGAGGGUCCAGGCCCUGGAGAUUUCAGAGGCUGCACAACUUCUGCCUGAACCUGGGGCCAUCAAUUCAAACUGCUCUGAGUGGUGGGAAUGAGAUCUGUGUUGCGCCAUCUGAUUAAGGGCACCUUUUGUGCCCCUGGCAGCUGUGUCCAUUCUUUUCACCAUCUGUCUUGCUAGCCACAUGCCCCUGCCUCUCUUGCUUUUCCGUUUUAGGGCAGAGAUGGGCUGGACUGAGCCCACCUGCUUUCCCUACUCUGCUUCCCCACCACUGCCGUGCCCUCCCCACACCAGACACUUCAUGGACCAAGAAUGAGCUGGUUUAUCAAACAACAUGCGAGCAUGGUCACAACCACAAAACUCAAGAUGACAGUGCUUCUCUCUUAAGGGCCUGGAGAAGCCCUGUUUACAGAAAACCAGCUGCUAUUCAUAAGCUGGACAAGAGAAAGCCUCUUGCCACAUUCUCAGCUUGCAAGAAGAGGCGGGAAUGGAGUAGAUUAAGUUUAGGCCUAUCACCCUAGGCAACAUGAAUAACCUGACACUACCUGAUCAGGCAAGUGUGGGUGGUGGUGGGGUAUCUGGCUUUAGUUCAAAUUACUUGGAAAUGUUUCCUGAGAAAUUCAACCACCUAAGAAGCCUUGAUACCAAAGUCCCAGGCCAGUCACUAGUGGCUGCGGUCAACAGUUCAAAGUCAUGGCCCAAAAUCCAGUGUAUAUCCUUGCCCAUUCUGAGAGCCUUUGUCACAGCUCCACUUCCAGCUUACUCACGUCAGUCUAGCCAGCUCUUGGGCAGUUGUAAGAGAGGGCAAACCAAACCUCAUGACAGCCAGUGCCUAUCUUCCAGCAUGAAACCAGGCCAACUCAGUUUCCCUAUGGGGCUGCAGGAAGGAGGACCAUUACAACCAAAGCAAGGAGCCCAGAAAACCUCUAGUGGUGAAGAGUGAGUUUCCACCACAGCCUACUUUAACCCAUUUCUGAGCCAAGCUUCAAUCCUGAGCCUUAAAAAACAAAUCUUUUUUUAAUUUAACUUUGUUUUUUGCCUCCUCCUCACUGUACAUAGCCUGAAUCCAAAGAAAAAGGGCCGUCCCUGUACCCACACACACCCCUCAACAAAAGCCUUUAAGUUGCUACUUCAGCCACUGGUUUCUCAGAAUCCAAAGAUCACAUAUUCUAGUAUAGUGUUGCAGGAAGUCAAGAGAGAAAAAAGGACCAUUGUAGUGUUCAAAAUAUUUUUGUAUUGUUAAUGCAUCAUCAUAGAAACUUUUUUAACAUGAGAAUAAAGAUACUUUUUACUGGGUUUCUUUUUCAAAAGCUUCACCCUGAGGAAUAAGCUGUUUUAGUAACAGCAUGACACCCUUUCCUUUUCUUCUCCAAAGCCAUGAAACUUGGGGUUUAUUCUCUAUUAUGGUACACAUGUUCUCAAGAUUUUCAACCUAUAGAAGCCAGAGAUUAUUCUUGUUAUCUCCCCUUAAGGGGCUUGAGCCCUGCCCCAACCCUGAGAGCUGGGCUCAUGCUGGGUAUAAACUCCCAUUCCAAGCCUUGCCCUUAACCCCUCAAUCCUGACCUCACAACUGGUGCAGGUGCUGGCCAGUCUGCCCCCUAGUACUCAUAUGAGAAUGGGUUGGAAACUGCCACCCACAGACCCUAGAACAAUCCAACCAGGAACAGGUGCACAUGACCACCAGGCUCCAUUUUCCUCUGAGGGCAGAGAGAGAAAACACCCACAAGUACAUAUCCUGUUUUGAGGAAAACAAGAGCAAACAAGGGUCUUUUAUAACCUGGUAUCAUCAUAAAACCCACAAGAAGGUAUUUGAAUACCACCCUUCCCUCCCAAAGACUGUCUGUCUUUUAAGGUGCUUAAAGUGUCUUCAUAUUUUUAUACAAAAUCUCUGAAGUUUGAUAAAUCUGCAACCUCCUUUUUACAUAGCAGUUUCCAUCAUGUUAAAAUAUACUGUUAACUUCCUGAAAGCCAUCAUGAAUGUAAAAGGUGUCAUAAAGCCACCUCAAUAGGUGAAUCAACCAUUAGAUACAAACGUCGGGCGAGAAGUGUAUCUCAACAGCCAGCCACUGGGCCACCAUCAUGCAUUGUAAUUUUCACUUCACUGAGUUAUAUUUUUUGGAUUUUAUGUUUAAAAAUAUUUAUAAAUAAAGUCAUCUUCCAGAGUAGUGUCUAUUUAAAGUAGGCCACUGGAAGCUGUAAUCCUA